GGGUUGCUUUCAGGCUUAAUUUUUAGUCAUGAAAUUUUUUUACUUUUGAGGGGAAAAAAAGGGGGGGGGGAACACUCUCUUCUUCCCUUCCCGCCCUCUUGCUGUAUGUGCGUGACUAUACGAUUGUUUUAUUUCCCUGCCAGGUUCCCAGCGUGGGGUUUUCCAGUUGCAGUCAUUGCAGCCUUUGCGAGCAUUUACUUUUUACCGUCUCCUAUUGAUCCAGAACCGUUCAUAUUUGAAAAGCCACCUCCUGCCCUAGUUGGAUCAUUGCAAGUGAAUAAAAAGCUUCAGAGUGGACAGAGAAUCUUUACGGGACAACUGAAAGGUCCUGAGUCUUUUACUGUUGAUGAUGAAGGUAAUCUCUACACUGGUACUGUGGAUGGGAAACUGUGGAUGAUCAGUGGUGACCAGUUGCAUUUCAUUACUCAAAUGGGGCAGAAUAUGCCUGAAUGUGGAACUCCAGAUUAUGAACCAAAAUGUGGCCGGCCUCAUGGAGUCCGAAUAGAUCGGGAUGGUAACUUGAUUGUGGCAGAUUCUUAUUUUGGCCUGUUCAAAGUCAGUCCAAGGACAGGAGAAAAAACCCUCCUGCUAUCGAGUGAACAAGGUGUGGAUGGAAUUCCUUUCAAGUUCCUAAAUGGAUUAGAAAUAUCAAAGAAAAAUUUGAUUUAUUUUACGGAUUCAAGUAGCAAGUGGGAGAGGCGGCAUCACAAAUACGAGGUAAUAGAAACAAACCAUCUUGGACGCCUCUUGACCUAUGAUCCUGUAACGAGAACGGCGAGAACAGUGCUCAGUGGCUUGUACAUGGCAAAUGGCAUUACACUGUCUCCCCAUGAAGAUUACAUAUUAAUAGCGGAAACCAGCAUAUGCAGAAUCAUACGCUAUUGGGUGAGUGGAGCUAAUGCAGGAGAAACAGAAGUUUUUGUGGACAACCUCCCGGGAUAUCCAGACAACAUCAGAUUAUCAGACAAAGGCUUAUACAGAGUUGGAAUAUCUACUGCUCGCUUUCCUAGUUUCUUUUCUCCUUUUCUGGAUGCUUUAGGACCUUAUCCAUUCCUGAAGAGAUUUAUUGCAAAGGUGACCCCUCUAUCAUUCUACAACAUUUUUCUUCAUAAGCAUGGCUUGUUUUUGGAAAUUAAUGACAAAGGAGACAUCGUGGAAAGCUUCCACGACCCUGAUGGUAGCAUCACUUGGACAGUCAGUGAUGUCUUUGAACACAAUGGGAAGAUGUACCUAGGUAAUACAGAACUGCCUUUUCUUGUGGUGCUACAGUAGACUUGCACGUUUUCAUAAGCUGGUGCCUCAAAAGAAAAACAGUAGUAUUCCUUCAAGCAGCUAUUAAGUAUUUUCUCUACUUAGCAGAGGGCUGCUGCAGCACUGAAGAGGUCGAAUUGAAAUUAAUACCAAAUGGCUAAACAGCAAUGGAGCACAGAAAUGCUUGUUUUAAAAGCCUGGGAAAGCCUCAGCUGUAAAUAGGUUAGAUGUAAGUAGCUAUGUUUUUAAACAGUUGCAGAGUUGUCCAAGGAAUUCAACUCUAAUAGGGUGUUGAGGUGAGUACUGUAUAUUUUAUUCUUAGCUCCAGUUCAUAUUUCGGAAGAACCCUUGUUCCUCCUUUACAGAGGCGGAAAACAUACUGCUUUUAGUUAUAAACAGUAGUUCUCCAUUGUCUUUUUCUUGUUUUCCAUAUCCGUUUCCAGGAAAGUAUAUUUGAACAUACACAGCUUACAUUUAAACUUUGUCCUAUUUGCCUAUUUUUUUCCCUAAUGCAAAUUAGUCAUGUUGUAUUUUGCUAGAUACUCUACAGAGGGAUCAACUGCAGGUCAGUCCAGUAACUGUGACUAUAAGGAAAGGAAGUUCACUAGUGGCAAGUAUGUAACAGUGCAGCAG